AGGCAAGCACUCUACCACUAGGCCAUAUUCCCAGCCCCAAGUUAUAGAUCUUGACUUAGUCUUUUUGGAAGAAUACUUGUCUUCGCCUUGUUUUAAUCUUAUAUUUUUACUUAGUACCCCCCCCCUUUUUUUUGAGACACUCACUGUGUAGUUCAAGCUGACUUUGAGCUUGUUAUUACUCUACCUUAGCCAUGUGAGGGCUGGGAUUAUAUAGAUAUAUGCCACCAUACCUGCAUUUUUUUUCUCUUAUUUGGUGCCAGUACUAGAACUUGAACUCAGGGCUUGGCACUAUCCUUCACUUUUUCUCUCAAGGAUGGCACUCUACCACUUGAGCCACAUCUCCAUUUCUGGCUUUUAAAAAAACUGUUAGUUAGAGCUAAGUCCCACACUUCUGCCCAGUCUAGCUUCAAACCAUGAUCCUCAGAUCUCAGCCUCCUGUGUAGCUAGGAUUACAGGUGUGGGGCACUGAUGACUAGCUCUACCUAUGGGUUUCUUAAGAGUAAAAGCUUUGUCCGUGGGCUGAAGGUAUAUCUCAUUGUGUAAGAUACUUACCUAGCAUGUGCAUGGUCCUGGCUUUGAUUCUUGAAACUGCACUGCAAAAACAAAACUGUCUCUUUGUGCCUGGAACAGUGCUUCAACACAUUAAACCCUUGAAGUGUGGCUCACCUGAACAACUUAUAAAAUUACAAGCUUCUUUUGAGCCUAUGCUUGUUUGUCUUUUUGCACACCUCUUACUGGUAGAGAUAGGUUGGGAGCAGCUGUCUUUCAUUUUAACCAGCUCUAAGAAAAAUAUGCCUAAGUUACACGUUUUUCAUGGGUGGACAGUUGAGGACCCUAACUUCCGAGAAACUUGUGAUGUAGUGGUAUUGGAUAUGCCCUGCAGCAGCCCCCAGCGAUGCCUGGCAGGAGGCAAGAGGUGCCACUUGGGCUGGACUGAAGAGAAUUAACGUUGGAUUGACUGAAGUCUCUGUAAAUAUUCCCUCACAUUACAUUUUGCUACAAAGAUGGUAAUAAAUCUUUGUCUUCCGCAAUUCAGACCAAGAAUUCACUGCAACAAGAUAUCAGCAGAUGGUUAUGAAGUUGAAAAUCUCAUCUCUGAAGACCUCACAAAAAGAAGCCAUGGUUUUAGGACAGAGUAUUUUAUUAAGCCACCAGUCUAUGUGACAGUUUCCUUUCCUUUCAAUGUAGAAAUUUGUAGGAUUAUCUUAGACCUCACAGCUGGGGGAGGCCAGAAUGUCACUGGCCUGGAAAUGUACACAUCUGCCUUAUCCAGCAGAGCCUCUUGGAGUUCAUCUGAGUGCCAGGCCCUGGGCCUAACUGAGCCAUCUGUCCCAGACAAGGAAGCCUUCACCUUGGUAGGCAAAGUCUUACUGAAAAACCAGAACCAAGUGGUGUUCAGCCACAGGGGCUUCAAGACCAGGCCACCUUUUAGCCCAGUGGAAGUCACACUGCCCUCUCCUGCUGCUGCUAUAACUCAGGAGCUGUGGAAUAAGGGAGCUCUUUCCCUUAGCCACGUGUCCCACCUCAAGAUCUGCAUCACCCACGUGACAGGCAGUGGCAUUCCUUGCAUCAAACGGCUGGAAGUGUGGGGUCAGCCAGCCAAGACCUGCUCUCAAGAUGUGAUAGACAGUGUUCUGUUGGUGGCUUCGGAGAGCCUGCCUCAAGACUUGGCUUUUCAGACCCCCGCCUUGCCCAUGGAAAGUGAGUGUGUCCCUGGGGGCCAGUCUGAGCACCCACAGGACCCCUCGGGCCUCCAGGGACUGGCUAAGGAGAUUCAGGAUGUACCUGAGGAGUUUCUGGAUCCCAUCACCCUGGAGAUCAUGACUUGCCCCAUGCUUCUGCCCUCUGGCAAGGUCAUCGACCAGAGCACUCUGGAAAAGUGCAACCGUAGUGAAGCUGCGUGGGGUCGAGUGCCCAGCGACCCUUUCACAGGGGUAGCCUUUACUCCACACUCCCAGCCCCUGCCGCACACUUCCCUGAAAGCCCGGAUAGAUCAUUUCCUGCUCCAGCACUCCAUCCCUGGCUGCCAUCUACUUGGGAGAGCACAGACUGCAUCAGCACUGACCCCUUCUAUCAUUGCCCUGCCCUCUCGGAAAAGGAAGCUGGAGCAGGCUGGACAGGCCUCGGACAGCAGCUGUGGUGCAAAUCCUUCCUGUUUCUCUAGCAUAAACCCUCUGGUCUCACCCACUACCUCAGAACACACCACCAAGAAGAUGAAAGCCAUCAGUGAGCUUGGCCUGACACACAUGGACUGUUCAACAGGUCCAGUGACCCAUGAGCAGAAGCUGUCACAAAGCUUGGAAGUUGCCUUGAGGUCCACCCUUGGCUCCAUGCCCUCCUUCACCACCCGGCUGACCCGGGGGCAGCUCCAGCACCUGGGCACCAGAGGGACCAGCACUUCUGGGAGGCCAGGCGCCAUCUCUGAGCAGCCCAGGAGCGGUGUUGGUCCCGAAUGUGCUUCCUGCAAAAGAGUAUUUUCUCCCUACUUCAAAAAGGAGCCUGUGUACCAGCUACCCUGUGGCCACCUCCUCUGCCGGCCCUGCCUGGGUGAGCAGCAGCGCUCCCUGCCCAUCAUGUGCACCACCUGCCAGCAGCCAGUCACCAGCCAGGAUGUGCAGCGGGUCCACUUCUGAGUGACCGUCAGCCUGACAAGCCCUGUCGCAAGGAGGAGACGAGGGCAGGGGCUGUGUUCCGUGCUCCUGUGACCUGGCUGGUGCAGGCACAGAGAGGCCUCUUUCCUGGGACUGCAGCACCUCACAGUGUAGCACGGUCACUAAGUGGGGGGCACUCCACUCCUGGCUCAGGUGGCCACAGGAUAAAAAAGCCAUAAGCUGGGCAUAGUCAAGGGGGAUGCGGGGAUGUCCUAACCAGGGACCUCCCCGCCUUUCCCCAGCAGGAGCUGGGCCCCCUGGGAUCCCCUGCUGAGGGCCCCCAAGUUACCCGCACACACCUUCUUCCAGCCUUGUGAGUAGAGCACAAUGGACUGUGGCUCGAGAUCUCACAGAGGUCCUCUGCCUCGGGGCCACCCAGAAGUGGAGCACAUGACCCAGCCCCCCAGCCCCCACCACCACCGGCAGAUAGCAGACAUCAUCAGAGCCUUAAUAAAGUCACAGUUGAUGCCCACUGC